GCUGUCACAAUAUUAGACAUUGGAUCACAACAAUCACAGUCCACAGUACUCCACACUCGUAUAUAUCCAAAACCCGAAUCCAACUGAUUUGCUCAUUCCCCGCUUCACGGAGUCCGUAGAGCUCCUCCCGAAUAUUCCCCAAUCUGCCCCGGCCAGAUGGCGAUCCCCUCACCCCGCGAGAUAAACGUGUACAUGGCGAAGGUGGCCGAGCAGGCGGAGCGCUACGAUGAUAUGGCCGACUUCCUGGAGAAACUCGUACUGGAGAACAACAAAGUGAGGGAGCUGAGCGUGGAGGAGCGCAACCUGCUAUCCGUGGCCUACAAGAACAAAGUCGGCGCCCGCCGCUCGUCCUGGCGGAUGUUGCAGAAGGAGCUCGGCCGCGACAACGCCGACCAAGUCGCACUCGUCCGCGAGUACCGUGCCAAGAUCGAGUCCGAGCUCUCCUCCAUAUGCGGCGGCGUUCUCCGCCUGCUCGACUCCCAUCUCCUCCCCUCCGCCUACUCCGCCGAGUCCAAGGUCUUCUAUCUCAAGAUGAAGGGCGAUUACUACCGGUACUUGGCCGAGUUCAAAUCCGGCACCGACGGCAAAGAAGACGCCGAGAACACCCUCUCCGCCUACAAAUCUGCUCAGGAAAUUGCCAUCUCUGAGCUGGCUCCAACUCAUCCUAUCCGGCUAGGACUGGCUCUGAACUUCUCUGUCUUUUACUACGAAAUUCUAAACUCUCCUGAUCGGGCUUGUAGCCUUGCCAAACAGGCUUUUGACGAAGCCAUUACUGACCUGGACACGCUGGGAGAGGAUUCAUACAAGGAUAGCACUUUGAUAAUGCAGCUUCUUCGUGAUAAUCUCACUUUGUGGACUUCGGAUAUGCAGGAUGAAGGAACGGAUGAGACCAAAGAAGCACCGAGUGAGCAGCAGCAGUGAAGAUGAAGUACUUCGCUUCUCCACUGUUUGUUUCUGAUUGGAGAAGUUGUUUGCUUGCUCCCACUAUCCAUUCCAUUAUGAGGUUUUAGGAGUUGAUGCCCUGAUUUAUGAAUCUUUAGAGGCAAUACUAGAUUUGUUUAGUUUCCUUUUUUGUUGUGGAGUGUAUAUAUUUUUGUGUGUUAUUUUCAGAAUUUGAAUCUCUAGUUUUAAUUGCUUGCUUGCUUGCAAAAUAACCAUAUUUCUCCUGGUCACCUAGAAGCGAAAUGGUUUUAUCUCCACUAUAUU